AUGGACACUGCACUGGGCUCUGUGACCUUUGAGGACGUGGCUGUGUACUUUUCCCAGGAGGAAUGGAGGCUUCUUGAUGAGGCCCAGAGAUUCCUGUACCACGAUGUCAUGCUGGAGACCUUUGCACUUGUUGCAUCAUUGGGACUUGCAUUUUCUAGGUCGCAUGUUGUCCAAGUGAAGCUGGGAGGAGAACCCUGGGUACUUGACAGAGUGGACAUGACUCCAGCCUUUCACAAUGAACAAAGGCACUAUAAGUGCAGUGAAUGUGGUAAAGCCUUCUGCCGCAAGUACAGGCUUGCUCAGCACCAGAGAGUCCACACUGGAGAGAGGCCUUAUGAAUGCAGUGAAUGUGGGAAAACCUUCAGCUAUAAACACAUACUUAUUCAGCACCAGAGAGUCCACACUGGAGAAAGGCCUUAUGAGUGUAGUGAAUGUGGGAAGUUCUUUAGCCAAAGCUCCAGCCUCAGUGAACAUCAGAGAAUUCACACUGGAUCACGGCCUUAUAAAUGCAAUGAAUGUGGAAAAUUCUUUACGUCCAACUCCAACCUAAUUAAACACCGGCGAGUUCACACAGGCACAAGGCCUUAUGAGUGCAGUGAAUGUGGGAAAUUCUUUAACCAAAGUCCCAGCCUCAUUAAACAUCAGAGAAUCCACACUGGUGAACGGCCAUAUGAAUGCAAUGAAUGUGGGAAACUUUUUAGCCAAAGCUCUACUCUUAUUAAGCACCAGAGAGUUCACACUGGAGUAAGGCCUUAUAAAUGCAUUAAAUGUGGGAAACUUUUUAGCCAAAGCUUUGGCCUCACUCAACACCAGAGAAUUCACACUGGAGAAAGACCAUAUGAGUGCACUGAAUGUGGAGAAUUCUUUAGCCAAAACACCCAACUUACUCAACACCGAAAAGUUCACACUACAGAGAAACCCUUUGAAUGCAGCAAAUGUAGGAAAGCUUUCAGCCGAAGGUCUAACCUCAUUCGUCACCAAAAAGUUCAUACUGGAGAAAGGCCUUCAAAUGAGAUGAGAGCAGUGAAUGAGCUGUCUCCUUAG